AUGGCUAGUGUACCACUGCAGCCUACGUCAACCAUACAUUGCGCGGACAAGGCUUCCUCGUCAAAUGAACUGCCUGUAUCGGAGAAGGCGAAUGGGCGGCGACCGUCAUUGCAUGAACACGUUCUUUUUGCCUUACUAGAUGCGGGCGUUCGUGGCAGCAUCUGCUCCAAACCCGUGCGCUUAUCUGCGGGCGUCAAAUGCCUGACUGACGAGAACGUUAUCCGGCUGUGCGAUCUGGCCCCAACCAUAUUCAUCCCAAGUUACAUCCCAAAGUUUGAAGACCAGGCAAGAUUCAUUCCGACAAUUUCCAAAUGCCUGGAGACUUUCCUCGGCUUUUCGGAGCCUGUCGCUUCAGAGCAGUUCGAAGGAUCCGUUGACUUGGGGUUGGGAAGUUGUGACGGGGCAAAAAAUUCUGCAGGAACCCUGCAGAAGGAUCUCUGGUUCACUAUCAUGAACAACCUGCGAUAUCACGAGUCUGCUCGAAAGCUCCAAGCUCUGCGGGUUCCCAACAAACCACCUGAUUCCAUUUUGGACUUGUUCUAUCAUCUGCCAAGGCAGUCAGAGAUUGAAGCUAGGGAGGCAUGCGGAUCCUGGUCCGAGCAAGACUCGGGUGAUCAAGAUUUCGAUCUCUGCCUGAAAUUCGAUGGUCAGGCUAAUAUAUGUGGGAGCCACGUCGACCGGGUGUCAACAAGGGGUGUCAAUGGUGCAACGAGACAGUUGCAUGAUGUGGAACUCACAGGCGGUGGGCAUAGGCUAGGUGAAACCUACGACUGCCCGAUUGAAACCAAGACGGCUGCCCGUAGGCCACCUCACGAAAACAGAAAAUACUCGAAUAGCCGGUCAGGGACAAGUGAUGCAUCAAUGCUCCUGGGCGGCGAAGAACCUAUGAAUGAAGGACGCAUAAUCAGGCAGCCGAGCGCCAUUGGCGGACCAAGCUGGCUUACUCAGAAUGUCAUCCGCAUGCAUCCGCUGAGGCAGCAACGCCAUGGGAAUCACGAAGUGGACCACCAAAACGGCCCAUGGCAAAGGGACAGCUUAUAUGAGAGGCCCGGCCUCGGCUGGUGGUCAGACACGAGUGAUGCAAGCGAAUUGCCCCUCGAAGACUGUCGUGACCACUAUACAAAGCCUCAACUAGCCGACUUCUGCUCAUCUCCUCUUUCCUUCAGCGACGACGGUCGGGUCCGAGAGUAUCUGGACCUACAAUACGACUCCAACCAGGAGGAUCUUGUUGGUGGCAGGACAACACCCAUGUCAACAAGCCAAUCCGUGGAACAAUCGAACGGCUCCUUGGCGGAGGUACUUGGAAACGACCAUUUGUUGUGGCACAUGUGGAAACGACGUGCAAGCGUGGCCCCUCGAGGGGAGGAAGACGUCACCGACAUGAAGACAUUGUAUGCCACAGAUCCAGAUAUGAAGCUGUUCAGUUCAAGAUGGGACCUCGAUCCUAGCGACAGCAGCUCUGGGAGCAACGAAGACCCCAUGCUACAAGACGCUAUGGACAGCCGACCAUCUCCUCGAGACAAAGCCCACUCACCCAUGACUCCAAACUCAGAAAGACGGUCCUACUUCACUCCAACACGAUCCUCGUCAUCUUCGACAUAUGUUGGGCGCUCAGGUGCCGACCCCAAACGAAAGUCAAGUCUCAUCAAACGCUUUACUUGGGGAGGGCGGCACAAUGGCCCCGAAGCACCCGCACUGGAUGUUGGCAAGCUAGAACAAAGAACAAUUGAAGUCAAGAGGAGAAAGACGUUGGACGACUACGACAUGAUGGACAGAGAGGCCAGCAACGAUGACUCCAGCGACAUGCUGUUUUGA